AUUCAGUGGAUUUACUCUUGAGCUGUUCAACCAUUCUUUAACAAAGCACUGAGCCAACCCCCCCAAAAUGGCUACAGGUAUCAAAAUGAUUUGUUGCAUUGGACUUGCUGUUGUACUAACAGGUGUGGGAAAGUCUGCCUUGAUAGGGAAGAGCCACAGCAGAGGGAAGGACGAUCCUGUGCUGCAGUAUGUUGUCAACAACUCUCUGAGGGAGCACCCUGUUCUCACCAAACUCAGACUGAGAACUCUUGAAGACCAAUGGAGUAUCAUGAUGGUUGCCAGUGAACAAGCCCAGUUCAUGGCAAAUCUCAUUAGACUGAUAAAUGCAACGAAAGCGAUUGAAAUUGGGAUGUACACAGGGUACAAUGCACUGAGCAUGGCUUUGGCCAUGUCAGAGAAUGGAAGAGUGGUAGCUUGUGAAAUAGAAGGCACCUACGUGGACAUUGCCACACCGUUUUUUAAAGAGGCUGGAGUUGAAAAUAAGAUAGAUGUUCGCCACCAAAUAGCCAUGAAGACACUGAAUGACCUGAUAGCAGCCGGGGAAGCUGGAACAUAUGACUUUGUGUUCAUCGAUGCCGAUAAGUUAAACUAUGACAGAUACUACGAGAAGUCCCUUGAGCUCAUACGAGCAGGGGGCAUCAUUGCGAUUGACAAUGUGCUAUGGAGCGGAAAGGUUGUGAAUCCUGCGCCCGAUGACCUCACCUCCCAGGCUCUGGAUGCUCUGAAUAAGAAGCUACACAACGACCAGAGGAUUGAUCUGAGCAUGCUCACUGUGGGCGACGGGCUGUCCAUCGUCAUUAAACGCUAAAAUCACGAGUUCAAAAGUUUAAUAUUUGUCAUAUUGGUGCCUUAGCUUUGGUAUUGAAUAGAAAUGACGGGUACAUUGACUUCUGUAUUCUUUUGCCAUGCUACAAUAAUAAUCUACCAAACGUCCUUUCUAAAGAAUAUAAAACAUUACAACUUCAUCUCUGUGUUUAAUGUCUUUACCAGGACAGCAAUCAUAAAAGAGCUAUAAAUAAAACAAAUAUACUGUUUCAUCAAAAUCACAUAACUCCAAAAUCAAUAUAUGCCAGAGUGCUACAGCUCAAGAUCAGAUAAACAUUUAAAAAAGUGG